CUUCCCUUUCUCAGUUGUUUCAAAAUUUUUUUUGUCUUUUGCCUGGCAGAAGAAUGGGUCUAAUUGAACAUAUAUUGAAACCAAAACAUUCACGUCAAAGCAAAUAAAUUGGGUGGUUAAAAAAAAUCCCUUCAAAGUAGUUCAAUGUAGAUAGCUGUACAAAAACCCAUUGUCCAAACUGAUGUGUUGGUAGGGUCAAUCUCACGACGAUCUUUACAAUAUAAGCAAUCAGCACCAAUUCUACUCCUUUUUAAUCCUCUCUUUGCUCUUUCUCUUCUUUAUGGUACAAAGUUCUAACACCAUAUGAUCAUGAAUGGGUGUAGGGAAGACACUUCAUGCUGCUAUUUCCAUCCUAAAGAAGUAGUUGUUGGGAUUUGCCCUUUGUGCUUAAAUGAGAGGCUUCUUAUCUUAGCUUCGAAGCGAGGCCAACGCUCUUCAUCAUCCAGCAGAGGUAGCCUUGGAAUUCUUCAAGGUGUUUCUCACAAGAAACCUCCCAUCAACCUCCCCAAGAUCUUUGCUUUAGGCUCACUUCUCAAUCGUCUUGAGUUCAAGCAUUGGAAAUCUGAAAAUUCUGAUGAUCAUGAUAUUUCAACCAGUCAAGAUGAUUCCUUUAUCUCAAUCAAGUUUGAAGAGAAUGGUGUUGCUUCAUGGGAAAAGAAUACAGUUUCUAAGGUCUCAUUUGAGCAUUGCAGCAUUUCCUGGAAACCCACCUUGACCAAGGAGACCAUCAAGGAGCAAAAAGAGGCCAAUAAGAGUGUGAUAGAGCAUGCAAAACCACGCGCCUCGCUUAGGUGGCGAAAGCGGAUUGGCCACUUGUUCCAGCUCAUCAGGUGGAAGAAGUCCUGAAGGCCAAUGCGUGCCACAUGGGCAGCAACGUUGAGGGAGUCAAGGUGAUGGGGAACGGCUGGAUAAGGACUCUGACAAAGAGAACCAAAGAAUAAAGAGUUUUUUGUAUAGAAAGGGACAUUAAAGCUUUUCCUCCAUACCAAUUUGUGUGAUAGAGUCAAAAUAUACUUUAUCACCCAAAAGUGCUUUGGCUUAAAGUUCGUUGGUUUCUUCUUGUAUUCUGUUCUUAUUUCUGAUAAACCAAAACAAGCUGUAAAAGGAUUGUUAUAAUGUGCCUCUGAUUUCAUACUGAUCUUUAAACUGCUAGAGCAAUAUUCCCCAUGUCACGUGCACAAAGUGAACAUUGGGGCAUAAUUGUACCAGGACCCAAGGGCAACAUGCCCUCAAAAUUAUAGUGCUACAACUUGUCUUAUUGUUGUCUUGGUGGGAGAGAAUCUUGUUCCUUCUUCUAAUCUCUAACCAAUAAAGUUAUAUUCUCGAGAAUCAUCAAAUCCUCUGGUGUCCAUAACGUGUUUCAUAGACUUGAAAAGUUUCAUCAUUGCUCUUGGAGAUUACCGCCCUACGUGCUAGUCAUUGAGCUGGUGCAAAGUACCCGACAGGGCCUUUGUUUUGUUCAGUAAGAUCCUUCACUAGGGCAGUUUGUCCCAUGUUCUAACUCUCUAGCAAAGGGACCAUUGCACUUAGGACCACAAUGGAUGUUGAGAAAAGCCUGAAAUGGAGUACUGGACGAAAAUGGCAAGAUGUAAAUAUUCACCCCACCUCCGUCUACACAUUAGCAGAAGAAGAAGAUAAAGAAUCAUGGCUACAUUUACUUUUAAAGGAAUAUGUGUAGUUCUAGUACAUAUUCAUUCAUCAAUUGUUAGAAGAAAGCAUUUGUCAACUUCAUUUGGAAAUGAUUGAAAUUAACUGUUUGUUCCUCCAUCUUUUGCCAUUGUCAAGGGGGAUUGGUGGAGGCAUUUUUCAAGCUGAAUAACUUUCAAGGCAAAGAGAUUUGAAAGUACAAAUUGGGCAUGUUG